CCAACUGAAGAAGAACAAUCAUCUCUCAAAAUUGUGCUCUUUUCUUCUCAAUCUACCUGUAAAUACUCCACUAGAACUGGUGAUACCAAAAAUGUAGAGAUAUUAAAAGCAGAUAUUAUAUCUUAUGAAAAAGAA